UGUUCCUGAUGGGCGAUUUAUAAGUACUUAUGUAACUAAAUUUUGUUGUAAGUAAGAACAAGAAUUAAGAACAUAAUUAACUUAAAAGGUGGUUGUGGUCCACACUGCUUCCACCUUCCUUGUCUACCUUUUUGCCCCCUAUAAACCCCCCUACACUCCUCUUCUUCCACUCCCAUUUCUUCCCAAAGAGGAGGUUCAAAAAGGCUAUUUUCUUCUUCCUCUUCAUUGUUGUCAUUGUCACAAUGGAGGCCAGGAUGAGGAGAACAACAGUUGAGAAGAUGAGGAAGGAUAGCACAGUUGAUGAGGUAGAAGAGGAGUUAGAAGAGGAAGAUGAGAGUGGUGUUGGUGAUGGUGUCCUUGCAGAAGAAGAGAAGAAGAAAAGUGCUGUUGGAAGUGGGAGAAGAGGAUCAAAUGGGGCAGGAGGAGUUUCUCCACCUUCCUGCCAGGCUGAGAGGUGUGGCGCCGACUUGACCGAGGCAAAAAGAUACCACCGCCGCCAUAAGGUGUGUGAGUUUCAUUCCAAGGCACCUGUGGUGGUGGUUGCAGGGAUGAGGCAGAGGUUUUGCCAGCAAUGUAGCAGGUUCCAUGACCUGGCAGAAUUUGAUGAAGCCAAAAGAAGCUGCCGCAGGCGCUUGGCCGGACACAACGAGAGACGCCGGAAGAGCAACAUAGAGCCUUGCAACGAGGGAAGCGGCCGAGGCGGCAAAGGGCAACCCCCUAAGGAAAGCCACUGCAGAAACACCGACGAUCGGGGAAGAACUCAGAUGAACAUUUCAGGGAGCUCUGGCUACAAGUCCUUCCAUAUCAGAUGAAGUGAAUCUGUGCUCAGCAGGCUCCCUCUCUUCUGUCACCCUAUGGUUCCUUGCAUUCCAAGGCAUAUAAUAAGAAAAAGAAAAAUCCCCUUUUUUCUAUGUUAGAAUAAUAAGAAUGUAAUCAAGAGAAAACUAUCAAUAUCUAAAGGGGUGUGUCAUUUGAGAUGUAAACUAGUUUGUUUUCAUGCAGCUUUAUGCUUUGUUUUACCUACUCAGUUACUUUAUUGUGUUUUUGUGUGCCUUAGUAUAUAAUAAUUAUCCUGUUAUAUAAGUCUUUGAAUGGUGUACUUUCACUCCACAUGAUUAGAAUAAAAUCUCUGUUGCUUCUUGUGGGUAAAUUCUCACACCUCAGUUUAUGCUAUACUAAUAAAAUGUGUGCUAGAUACUGAUUCUGUUUGAGACUGGAAACACAUUAUUUUAUUGAUUUGGUUUCAUUUUGAAGAUGCAUUUUUUCCCAAUAUGGCAUCAAAUGUCUACACAAAAUAUUUGUAACCUCUAUUCCUUUGAUGAAGGGUCAUUCCCAGCUUCAUUUUUAAAAGCGGUUAUUAUAAAGAAAUUCUAAGUCUAUGCUUAGUAAGUGUUUUAGAACAAAAAAUAGAGAGACAGAGACAAUGAAGAGAAAGGCAAGAUUAAAGAAUUAUGUCUUUGUUUCUUUUCUUACAGUUUCCAACUUUUGGGUAGACACAAAGUUAGUCAAAUUGUCUUGGGACAAAAACAUUUUACUUAAUUAUGUAUCUGUCUCUUUUUCCAAACAAAAUUAUAUCUCUCAAAUCUUUAAAAAUUAUGACACUAACCAAACUUAUUUGCAUAUAAACAGAUUAGGCUGCAGUUUGGUCUUACACAAUCAGGAACUAAAUCUGUCCCACAUUGUUACUUAAAAUAAUGGGUUCUCACAGUUGGUUUUUAUCAAGGAAGUUAAAAGAUCACA